UUCCCUACUCAGAGCCUCUGUGCAUUGAGAGUCGUCUCUUUACCCAGAUAGGGCACGAACUCUAGUUGCGUAUCCCCAGGAUUGAGAGUUCUCCUGCUCUCAGCUCGCCCAGUCCGCCUCCCUACACUUUUCACGCACCUUUCUGCUUCCUUGCGUUGGGAGUUAAUCUCCUGGUGCCUCUUGUUGCCUUUCUUUAAAAUAUUAGGAUAUUAGGACUUUCCUGAUAGAAUCGUUUGGGGACUUAAAAGAGGUGCUACAAAUUGACGUCUUAACCAGUACCUGGCACGUGGUGGUUAAUUUACCCUGGAGCGGUUAGGUCCCCGGGUUAGGGUCAGAGAUCCAGCUUCAGUGAUUCUUGCCCUUCUCUCUUUGCCUGUGUGAUGCUGGAUAAUCCCGGACCUAUUCUGACUUUUUUGGAGGGAAAGUUUUAGGUUGCUAUAAAUAAUGCUGCCAUGAGCAUUCUGUGUGCAUUCACAAGAACGUCUGCGUGGGUGAGUGGUGUUCCUAGCCACUCUUUGCUGUCUUUCUUCUGCCUUCCCAUACACUCUGCCAGGCACAGUUCUGAUCUCCCAGGAUCUAUGUAACUCAGGACUGUGCGCAUCCCCAGACAGAGGAGGAAAAAUGACCUCGGUCAAGGAGGCAGUGACCUUCAAGGACGUGGCCGUCGUCUUCACAGAGGAGGAGCUGGGGCUGCUGGACCUCGCCCAGAGGAAGCUGUACCAGGAAGUGAUGCUGGAGAACUUCCGGAACCUGGUCUCAGUGGGAGGCAAGAUCCAACAUGAGACAGAGACUGUUCCAGAAGCAGGACCACAUGAAGAGCUUUCCUGCUGGCAGAUCUGGCAACACAUUGCAAGGGACUUAACCAGGUGUCAAGACUCCAUGAUGAAAAGUUCUGAGUUCCGCAAACAUGGUGACGCACUUAGCCAGGUUGGGGCAGGACUGUCUAUAAUUCACACAGGCUGGAAACCUUAUCAGUGUAAUGAAUGUACAGAAUCUUUCAGUGAUGUCUCCAAAUUUGAUUUUCACCACCAAAUACAUUCCGGAGAAAAGUCUCAUACAUGUAGUGAAUGUGGGAAAAGCUUCUGUUACAGCUCAGCCCUUCGAAUUCAUCAGAGAGUUCACUCUGGAGAGAAACGUUAUAAGUGUGAUGAGUGUGGCAAGGAAUUCAGUCAGAAUUCACAGCUGCAAACUCAUCAGAAAGUCCACACUGUAGAGAAGCCAUUCAAAUGUGAGCAGUGUGGGAAAGGCUUCAGCCGUAGAUCAACACUUACUGUUCAUUGUAAAUUACACUCAGGAGAGAAACCUUAUAAUUGUGAGGAGUGUGGGAGGGCCUUCAUUCAUGCUUCACAUCUUCAGGAACAUCAGAGAAUCCACACUGGGGAGAAACCAUUCAAGUGUGAUAUAUGUGGUAAGAACUUUCGCCGUAGAUCAGCACUUAAUAGUCAUUGUAUGGUCCAUACAGGGGAGAAACCAUAUAAAUGUGAGGACUGUGGGAAGUGUUUCACUUGUAGCUCAAAUCUUCAUAUCCAUCAGAGGGUCCACACAGGAGAGAAACCUUAUAAAUGUGAGGAGUGUGGUAAGUGCUUCAUUCAGCCAUCGCAAUUUCAGGCCCAUAGGAGAAUCCACACAGGAGAGAAACCAUAUGUAUGUAAAGUGUGUAGUAAAGGCUUCAUUUAUAGUUCAAGUUUUCAAGCCCAUCAGGGAGUCCAUACAGGAGAGAAACCUUUUAGAUGCAGUGAGUGUGGGAAGAGCUUCAGGAUGAAAAUCCAUUAUCAAGUUCAUCUGGUGGUUCAUACAGGAGAGAAACCCUACAAAUGUGAGGUAUGCGGGAAGGGCUUCCGUCAGAGUUCAUAUCUUAAAAUCCAUCAGAAAGCCCACAGCAUAGAGAAGCCUUACAAGUGUGAGGAGUGUGGGCAGGGCUUCAAUCAGAGUUCACGACUUCAGAUCCAUCAGCUGAUCCACACUGGCGAGAAACCAUACAAAUGCGAAGAGUGUGGAAAGGGGUUCAGUCGUAGAGCAGACCUUAAAAUUCACUGCAGAAUCCACACAGGAGAGAAACCCUAUAGUUGUGAAGAGUGUGGGAAGGUCUUCAGUCAGGCAUCUCACCUUCUGACCCAUCAGAGAGUCCACAGUGGAGAAAAACCAUUCAAAUGUGAAGAGUGUGGGAAGAACUUCAGUCGGAGUUCACACCUGCAAGCCCAUCAAAAAGUCCACACUGGAGAAAAGCCGUAUAAAUGUAAGGAGUGUGGGAAGGACUUCAAAUGGAGCUUGAACCUCGACAUGCAUCAGAGGGUUCAUACAGGAGAAAAACCGUAUAAGUGUGGGGAGUGUGGGAAGCACUUCAGUCAGGCCUCAAGUCUUCAGCUUCACCAGAGCGUCCACACUGGAGAGAAGCCAUACAGAUGUGAUGUGUGUGGGAAAGUCUUCAGUCGGUCUUCCCAGCUUCAGUAUCACAGACGAGUUCACACAGGAGAGAAACCUUACAAGUGUGAGAUGUGUGAAAAGAGCUUCAGUUGGCGCUCCAACCUUGUAAGUCAUCACAAAGUCCAUACUGGGGAUGCACUUUAUGAAAGCGAUGAGAGUUGUAAGAACAUCAAGGAACUGUCAGAGGAAAGAAGUUCUGCAAGAUGAUGUUUUAAGAACAGUCAUGUGCAGCCUGAGUUCUUGUAACUGUCAGGUCUGAUAGAGAAAAUAUUUUGGGUUAGUCGGUGUUGAAGCAGUUGUUUUCAUCAGACCGCACAGCAGAGAACCCUUCUGAGUGGUGCAGUAAGGGCGGCUGCAUUCAGAACUUGACAUUUAUCAGAUGUCACUUGGGAGAUGGUACCUAGAAAGGAAAAGAGUUUGGUCUGGCCUUUAAUGGAAGUGUGAGGAUGGGCUGUCAGAAUCAAUAUUCCCUAGAAUGUGAGCUCCAUGAGGCAGGGACUUGGCAGCUGGAUCUACACAACCUUAACUUUGAAUAGCACAAAUGGGUAUGCCCAGUACUUGUAUGUUAAAUAAACCAAAAGGGGGAAGUGUACAGUAUGUGAAAAUUGUAUCCAGAGGAGGAAAACUGCAAAGUGAAAUUGAUUCAGGAAAUGAACAUUUAUUGAAAUGCAGAAAACACUCAAUAUUACAAUCUGCAGUAUUAAUAUCAGUGUGGGGUGUUAGCCUAUUGUAAUUGGCUCCUUGCCUUCCAGAGCCUCUGUUCUCAAGUUGGGUUAUUCAAGGCUUUCUCUAGUUUUCCAAGGAUUGUGUCCAGUUUAAAUUGAACUACUUUGUGAUUUUUAUUUCUGACAGUACAAAUUGAAAAAAUGUUGCUAAUGUUGCAACAAUAGGUGACUGCAUAUUAUACAAUUGAUUUUUUUUGUCUUUCAAUGUUAAGGCAGAGUUUACUGUAACACUUUGAAGGUGUCAGAAAAAUUGCUUGUCAAUAACAAAAAAUGUUCUUAGUCGACCUUGAAUUUGUAAUUGACUUCUAAUUCACUGCAUUUUCAUCCAUACUUUGAAAUGUUUGCCUUCUAAUUACUGUAGCAUUUCUUCUGUGAAACCUUCUCAGGUAGGGGCUAUGUCAUAUUCUUCCCCCACAGCCACAAAGCAAAUACCCAGAAAACUUGUGGGAAUUUGAUAAAAUUAUCAAAUGUAUUAUUGAGGCAAGACUGGCAUUUAUAUGCUUUUCGCUCUUGGUAGCUUGGUUUCAGGAAAGGAGUACCUUUCAGAAUAUAUGUUGUACUGUACAUCUUUUACCUGGAAAUCAUAAAAUUGGAUAUUACGGUUAUAGAUUAAAAUACCAAAAAAGAUGAGUACCA